AGAACUGGUACACUUACGAGCGAGGUUAGAUGAACAUGGAUCAGCGUCUUAGUGACCGUCCUGUCCGGUUUUGUUAUAAAUUAUGAUUACGAUAUGUAGUGCGAGUACUAAGUGACCGGGAAAAUAAAUAAAAAAAGUAAUAGAGGUAUUAUAGAGAGUAAAGUAGUAAGCACGUGGCUGUACACCAACAGAACCGAGAGCGUUCGAAUUCGCCCGAUCAUUCGCCACCAGGCUGCCACUACUUCCAUCUGGUACCACCUCUUAUUGGAUAACAACUGCCAGACUCGAAGUCUUUUCUGCUACCACCGUUGAUCCAACGUCGUUCAGUAGAUACUUUUUUACCCAAUUCCAAUCGGCCAGCAACUCUCCCAGUAUCAGGUUCUUAACUUACGUUACUCGUGGAUGGACCAAAUAAUCGUGAUGAUUACUUCCUUUCUAGACAUUUAAUUAUAAUAUUUUAAUAUUUACUCUAGUGAUUUUUAUUUUAAACUUUUUGUACUCGCGUAAUUGUUUUUAAAAAUGUCGUUCAUACGUUCGACUGGUGAUAUCAUUGGAUUUCUUCUGUUAUCGUUGAUCACAAUCAUCGAGUCGAUGAUCAAAUCAUUGAUUCCGAAGAAAUAUAAAAUGAAAAGUGUCGCGGGUGAAAUCGCCCUCGUUACCGGGGGUGGCGGAGGACUUGGAAGGCUUCUUUCAUUACGACUCGCUAAUUUGGGUGCUACCGUCGUCGUCUGGGACAUCAAUGAAAACGGAAUUGAUGAAACAGUUAAAUUAGUACGCGCGGCUGGUGGAACAUGUUACGGAUACGUUUGCAAUCUCUGUAAUCGUGAGGAUGUCUAUAAAAAAGCUGAAAUUUUGAAAACCGAAGUCGGCCCGGUGUCAAUAUUAAUCAACAAUGCUGGAAUUGUUACGGGAAAAAAAUUUAUGGAGACACCUGAUGAGCUCAUUAUCAAAACGAUGGAAGUUAAUACUAUGGCGCAUUUUUGGACUGUAAAGGCUUUUCUACCGACGAUGAUGGAAAAAAAUAACGGACACAUUGUCAGUAUCGCUAGUCUUGCUGGUCACGUUGGUGUUCCAAAACUUGCUGACUAUUGCGCUUCGAAAUUCGCUGCCGUCGGAUUUGACGAAGCUCUGAGAAUGGAACUCGAGGCUGAUGGUUACAACAAAAUAUAUACAACAGUCAUAUGUCCUUUUUUCAUUCGCGCUACGGGUAUGUUUGAAGAUGUUGAAGCAAGGUAUAAUAUUCAAAUAAGAUUUCUGCCGCCCUUGAGCCCAAAUGUCGCUGCCGAUCGUAUCAUAACCGCAAUAAGAUGUAACGAAAAAUUUGCCAUUAUACCAGGCUACCUUCAAGGUCUUCUUGCAGCUAAAUGGAUAUUUCCGUGGAAUUGUGUUGCGAUGUUCCUUCGCGGGUUAGUGAGAGACGCGGCACCUCAACACGAUCAACCAAAGAAAGCCUCAGACAAUAAUCAACAGGAGUAUGAAGCAUCUAAAGAUCCCAAUGGUGCACUUCAUCAGCAGCUUACAAGACGUGUAUCGAGUUCUGAGAGAAAACCAUGAAAUUACCUCAACUAACUACUACUUCUUCUACUUCUACUUCUACUUCUUCUUUAUAUAUAUUACGGUUAAUACGUAGAAUUAUUUUUUACAAUAAUUAUACGAGGUCUAAAUAACUAAGACACUCGUAUUUUACUGUUCACAGCGAAAGUAAAGUGAAUAAUAUGGUUGUGAUGUUAAUAAUGACGGGUCCAAUGUCUUUUUAAUUAUAAAAAUUUUUAAAAUAUAUUAUUAUUAUAAAUAGUAAAUAAAAGUAAGAAAAAAAAAAUAAA